CCUGUUAUCUUAAUCAUUUAUGAUAAGGUUAGGUUGCGUUGACUCUAACGGCAUUCACGUACUACAUACUUGGAUCCAUACAAUGUGUCAAAUUGACACGGAUUUGUUGACAUGUGCCUUUGUACUUAUCUAACCAUACAUUAAUAUAAACAUCUUAACGAAUAUGGGCUACGUAUACUUUCGUUCAAAUCUACGUGAAACUCCAACCCCAGAAAAGUGUAUUCCAAUACCAAGGCAUAAUACAACAUUACUAACUGAUAUUUAUGCGGGUAUUCCUGAAAAUUUGAUGCUAAAUUUUUUUGGAUUUUUGUUCCUUGUUAUUUUAUUUGGUUUAUUACGCAAGAAGGCAUGGAAUUAUGGACGGCUUGCAUUGUUGAACAAAACAGAUGAAAGAUGGAUGGAAUUAUUCUAUGGAGCCAAUGAAAAUAGAGAUACAGACGCGAUAUGUGUUGAAACUUCUGUUAAUUCACAACUUUCACAAGUGGACAGAGGCUUUUUAUCAUGGAUCGUUACUGCAUUUAAAGUAACCGAUGAGGAAUUAUUAAAACGAGCUGGACCGGAUGGUUUGCUGUACAUAUCUUUUCAACGUCAUUUAAUUAUGUUAACAUGCUUAAUGGUUAUUUUAUCACUGUGCAUAGCGUUGCCAAUUAAUUUUCAUGGAAAUAUGCAAGGUGAUAAGGCAACAUUUGGUCAUACUACAUUGUCAAACUUAGAUCCAAUGUCUCCUUGGAUUUGGAUGCAUACAAUAUUAAUCUUAUCGUACUUGCCGGUCGGUAGUUAUGUUAUGAGGCAUUUCUUAAAAAAGGUACACGAUUCAAAACACUGCGGUGAAUUAGCAGCUAGAACAUUAUUAAUUACAGAAAUACCAAAGCAUCAGUGUAAUGUAGAGGCUCUUACCGAAUACUUUGAAGAAGCAUUUCCUACUUUAACAGUGGAAGAUGUUACAUUAGCUUAUGAUAUUAGACAGCUUUCAGCACUGGAUAUAGAAAGAGAUUGCGCUGAACAAGCGCGUUUAUAUUGCGAGAACUAUGCAAAAAAAAGAGAACCAUUAAAGAUGUAUCCAUAUCCCUGUGGUCAAGUAAUCGGUUGUUGUUGUAAAAAUCAAAUCGAUGCUCAAGAAUUUUAUAUGAACGAAGAAAUGCGAUUAUCAGCAUUAGUCGAAGAAGAAAAGAAAGCAGCGUUAAAUAGACCUCUCGGAGUAGCUUUUGUAACUUUAGGUACACCCGGUGCAGCUGUAGCUAUGCGUAAACAGUUGUGUUUAUUGCCUAGUAUAAAGUGGGUCGUAGAUUAUGCACCGACACCAUCUGAUAUCUUUUGGGAAAAUUUAAGUAUACCAAGACCAUGUUGGUAUUUCAAUGCUGUUUUGAUUAACUUUGCACUGGGCAUUGUAUUAUUUUUUCUUACUACACCAGCUGUGAUAGUGUCGGCUUUGAAUAAAAUACCGAUCACUGGAGAAAUUAUGAAUCUUAGUCCGAUAGUUUCAGCCUUCCUUCCAACUGUAUUACUAGUUAGCGUGGCUGCUUUAAUGCCUGUAUUAGUAGCAAGAAGCGAAUCGUUAGUUAGACAUUGGACUAGAAGUAGUCUAAAUCGAGCAGUAAUGACAAAAACAUUACUUCUUUUAUUACUGAUGGUUCUCAUAUUACCAAGCUUGGGUCUAACUAGUGCUCAAGCAUUUUUAGAGUGGACCGUAAAUGCGGCAAAUGACACUGGAAGAUGGGAUUGUGUCUUCUUACCCGAUCAGGGUGCUUUAUUUGUAAACUACGUAAUUACGGCAGCCUUAUUUGGAAGUGGAUUGGAAUUAGUCAGAUUUCCUGAACUAGCGUUAUAUACCUUCAGAUUAUGCAUAGCUCGAAGUAGAGCGGAAAGAAUACAUGUCAGAAAGGCAGUAUUAUGGGAAUUUCCUUUGGGUGCUCAUUAUGCUUGGUUACUCUUAGUUUUUACUAUGACAACCGUUUACAGUUUAGCUUGUCCGUUGAUCACACCUUUUGGACUGUUGUAUCUUGUAGUAAAACAUCUUGUGGACAGGCACAAUUUAUGCUUCGCCUACGGACCAAGUAUCGGCGGUGGCCAGUUAGCAGGUGCAGCAGCAAGUGCUACUGGAGCCGCUCCAAUUUUGGCACAAGCUGCACUAUUAGCUUUAGGUUUAGUAAGAAGAGGAUUGUCACCUUUAGCUGCGGUACAACUUAGCGGUCUUGCUGCAAGUAUUUUAGGUCUUGUCACUGGUGCUACUUUACCCGCAUCAAAGUCUAAGAGCCAAGCCCUGAAAAGAGACUUGUCGGCUGGUCAAAAUUUUGUUGCACCUGUAUUAAGAAAGAAGCAAAUCUCAUUGGAAGAAACCAUAUCCACAGCCUCAAAUUCGGAUCGUAAUUUAGUAAUUUUAAGAAGUCCUAGUACUUCUUCGAUACAGGAAAGUCCAAAACUUUAUCAAAACUACGGUAAAGAAUCACAGGCAUAAUAACUUUUCGAAUCGUGUACAAGACGUAAUGUAUUACCAUAUAUGUAUUUCUAUAUAAAUAUGGUAAACGAUACUCUGAAUGCUGACUAAUGAAAUAUAUCAUAAAUUGUCAUAUCGUACAUGCAAGUACGAUGAUAACAACUCUUUAUAAAUAAAAAUCAAUUUAUUUGUAACGAGUUAAAAUGUAAGAUAAAGGCUAGUAUAAUGAAAGUAUUUAAAAAUUGCAACUUGCGACUUACAAAUACGAAAAAAUGUUGAGAUUAUAUUGCCUUGUGUAACAAAGUAGCUUCUCAUUAUUAGUGGAAAAAGUAAAACGUAAAUUGUUAUAUUUGAAUAAUAACAUAAUAAUAAUAAUAAUAAUAAUAAUAAUAAUAAUAAUAAUAAUAAUAAUCACUUGUGCGUUUUAACUUAUCUUUUUUUAUCUAUUAUACUUACAGUUAUUGAAUUCUAAAUGUUUAAUUAAAAAAUCUAAAGUUGUAUUCAAUCUUUCUCGCGGAUUUUCGCUAAUGAAUAAUUCAUCGUUUUCUUCAUUAUACAUCUAUAAUGUUUACAUAUAUGCAAGCUUCAAGGAAACAAUUUUUCUACUGUACUUAUACCGAUUUCUUUCAAACAAAUUAAUGUAUAAAAUUCAA